CUUCGCCUCUUAAUACAGACUUGCCAUGAAUGAGAAGAAGACAAGAAGCGUGAGAGGUCAAGGAGUUGUUGAUUCAAGCUUUUCUCUGGCUGCACCACCAAUUGCUCUGUUAUUCUGGGUUUCAAUUGGGUCUGUGCUACCAUAUUUUAGUUCCAUGAUUCAAGUUGGGUCUCAACUUUCACAAGAGAUUGUGCAAAGGGAAAUGCAGGACAAUUUUCCUCAGAUAUGGAGGUCUCUUUUCUCCUUUUCAAUACCUAAGCAGUGGAAACUCUGUUGCCUACCUUCAAAUCUGCUAAAUAUGGAUAGUAUAAAGUAUUUGUUAAGAGUCUAUGAGACAAGGAUGGAACUUUUGAGAGCUGUAAUUGUUGGAGCUGGGUACUAUUUUGUCAUCGCUAGCUGUUGCUAG